GCCAUUUCCCUCUACUGCGCCCUUUCGCUCCUCUACUCUAAUUAUUUAAAUAUAAUAAAAUUAUUAUUUUUAAUUUUAUUAUGACUUCAUGUCACCGCCAGUUAACCGCCGGAGCCACUGCGACAGCCGGUAUGAUUCAUUCCCGGCCACGAACGCCAGAGAUUUUCUAUCUCCCUCUCAACCGCAAUCACGCAAAUCAAAGUCUAGGUCUUACAUUGAGAUCUCAAAAACAUUCCAAAUCAUUUAUUGUCGAGGCGUUGGGAAACAGCGGUGUGUGGGACCCAUCAGACGACGGAAAUCAAGCCGAGAAGGUGGGGCCUUGCUCUUGUUCCGUCGGGGAUCAGGCGAUAGGAGAUGUGGUAGGAAAGAGUGGGAGCAGAGAUCGGGCGGUGGAGAUAAACAGGAUUGGGAGUAGUAGUAAGACGAGUAAGAAUCGGAAAUUGGAGGUGGCGGUUGCAGUGGCGGCUACGGUGGUGUUAGGUGUGGGAAAUCGGGUGUUGUAUAAACUGGCUUUGGUUCCGCUCAAGCAUUAUCCUUUCUUUCUCGCUCAACUCGCUACUGUCGGAUAUGUCCUUGUAUACUUCACUAUCUUGCAUAUCCGGUACCUUGCUGGACUUGUUACGGAUGAGAUGCUUUCUCUGCCAAAAGCUCCGUUUCUUCUUGUAGGACUUUUGGAGGCUCUUGGAGCUGCAGCAGGAAUGGCAGCUGCAGCAAUUCUUUCUGGAGCAUCAAUUCCAAUUUUAUCUCAGACCUUUCUUGUUUGGCAGAUUCUCUUGUCAAUUAUUUUUCUUGGGAGGAGAUAUAAAGUCAAUCAGCUAAUUGGAUGCUUCCUCGUUGCCAUUGGCGUGAUUAUAACUGUAGCAAGUGGAUCUAGUGCCAAUCAUUCAGUGAAGGAUGCCAGCAUAUUUUGGAGUCUUUUGAUGAUAUUCUCUUUUCUAUUGCAAGCAGCUGAUACAGUGCUCAAGGAAUUUAUUUUCCGGGAUACUGCUCGGCAGCUAAAGGGAGGUUCGGUGGAUCUAUUUGUUGUAAAUUCCUAUGGAUCUGCUUUCCAAGCAUUGUUUGUAUGUCUUCUUCUUCCUUUCAUGUCGAAAUUAUGGGGUAUACCAUUUAGUCAGCUUCCAAGCUAUCUUAAAGAUGGGGCAGUUUGUUUUCUGAACAUUGGUAGUUUAUCAAGUGGAUGUGACGGUGCGCCUCUGCUACCUUUGCUGUUUGUUCUUGUCAACAUGGGUUUUAACAUAUCAUUGCUGCACCUCCUCAAGAUUUCUUCUGCUGUUGUAUCUUCCCUUGCUUCAACAUUUUCAGUGCCAAUAUCUGUAUAUGUGUUCACGCUACCACUGCCAUAUCUCGGUGUUGCGUCCACCCUUCCAACUGGAUUUGUUGCAGGAGCUAUCAUCCUUGUUUUGGGCUUGCUUAUUUAUGCAUGGACACCAAAUGGUAGUUCGAAAAGCGCAUCUUCACCAUCUCCUAGCUAAAAUAUAACAAUUUUUUUGUCACCAUUUCCAUUUUAAAGCUAAGAAAAUGGUGCUAGCCUGCAAUUCAGCAAGGGCUAAUAUAAGUAUAAAGGAAGAAGGUUGUCGUUGUUGUAAUUGUAAUCUAUGUCGAAUGUAAAAUGGCAAAUUGGAGAAUGUUGAUUCUUCUACUGUCAUUGAUGUUAGGAUGGUUAGUAAUCCGGAAUUCGUGAUGUCCUUAUGUGAGUCAAAGAGAUGCUGCAAAUGGUUCACCUGGGAUUAAAGAAAUUAUAUUCCCAAAGUGGCAAACUCGAUUAUUUGUCGACUGCCAUCCUGUUCUCACUUUGCGCAGGAAACUGAUUUUUUUAGCACUGGCUGAGGGAUUUUUGUAUGAAUGAGAUUUAAAUCUUGGCGUCGGGUCCUAAAA